AUGUCAGCUUCCCACAGGAAAAGAAAGAAGCAAACCUCGGAUAAAAAUGCUGUAACGGAGGAGGAGGAAGGAGAGGAAUUACAAGGAGCCGUGGCAGAAGCCUCUGCAGUAACAGCAGCAACAGCAGGAGAAGGUACGAGCAUGUCCCAGACAACCCCGGCAUCCCCUCCAACACUGGAGACAAUGGCGGCGACAUUAAACGAGCUGGUGUCAAAAGUGACGCAGGUGGUGGCGUGCUUGCAGACGCUCACCCCACUCCCAGAAAUGGUGCAACAAUUGCAAGACUCUGCAACAAAUACCCAAGCCUUAUUACAGCAACAUGAAACAAAAAUAGCUGACAUGGAAAAAAGCCUAACAGAACAACAAAAAACUAUGGAAGAAACAGGCACUCGGGUGGAGGCACUUGAAGCCUGGCAACGCAGAUACAAUCUACGUGUCAUUGGAAUGGAGGUACCUAACAUUGGGGGGAAGGAACUAAUUACUCAUGUUGAGAACGUGUUUAGGAAGGAGUUAAAGAUGCCGGGGGAUUACCAGUUCGACAUACGGGAGAUACAUAAAUGGAAUCGCCCCCAACAAGCAGAAGUGAGGGGGAGUGAAGUCUCUUCUCGCAGGCUCUUCAAAGAAUUAGAAGCCGCACCAUCCACAUCGAGGCCAGUAAGGAGCAGCCGUGGGCUGGCGGAAAUGAUGGAGCCAUUGGUUUGCAGCGCUGUGAAGGGAGGCUACCUCGAGCCCUUCGACCCAACCAAUCCAGAGGGAUGGGAGUCCUACGCGGAGCGGGUCGAGUUCUACCUCCGGGCCAACAAGAUCACUGACGCCGGAGCGAAGAGGGACGUUCUCAUGAGCGUCUGCGGGCCUGCCACGUUCGAGAUCGCCAAGGGUCUCUCGGCACCCGCCCGUCUGGCAGAGAAAUCCUACGACGAGAUCAUCCGACUCCUCACGGGACACUUCUCACCACAGCCUUCGCGGGUGGCUCGCAGGUUCCUGUUCCACAAACGGGACCAGAUCGCGGGCGAGUCCGCCGCAGACUACCUGGCGGCCCUCCGUAAAAAAGUGGCGGUCCUUAUAGAGGGGAACCCCUGCCAAAUGGAGGUGGACUCAGGGUCCUCCAUUUCCCUUAUUGCGGAAGAAACCCUAAGAGAACUGUGUCCCCGCCAGCGGCUGCAACUUCGGCCGGCAGACUUCAUACUCCGGGACUUCCAGAAGAACCCGGUGCAAAUUGCGGGGUGGGCGCGGGUACAAGUCGAGCGGGGGUCCUUCCACGGCCCGCUGGACAUCCUGGUGGUUAAGCGCCAGCUGGCCACCCUGCUAGGUCUAGCCUGGUUCAAACCCUUGGGAAUCCGCGUGGAGGGGGUGGGCCAGACCAUAACGCCCCGGGGGUUCGGGGAGAUUUGCAAGGAAUUCCCCGAGGUAUUCGAUGGGUCCCUAGGGAGCUACCGGGGGCCGCCCAUCUCCCUGCCCCUAGACCCCACGGUCAGACCGAUUCGGCUCAAGGCCAGGAGGGUUCCGUUCGCCUUGAAACCUAAGAUCGAGGCAGAGUUAGACCGCCUCACGGCACAAGGCGUCCUGGAGCCGGUGGACUACGCCACCUGGGAAACCCCCAUCGUUACCCCCAUCAAGCCAAACGGGGAGGUGCGGAUCUGUGCCGAUUAUAAAUGCACCAUAAACAAGGCACUACAGGACAACCCCUAUCCAGUGCCGGUGGUGAGCCAUGUCCUGGCCGCCCUAGCGGGGGCUAGGAUAUUUGGGAAGCUAGACCUGGCCCAGGCCUACCAGCAGCUCCCAGUAGACAAUAAGACGGCGGAGGCCCAAACGAUCGUGACCCACAGGGGGGCUUUCCGGGUAAAGAGGCUUCAGUUUGGGGUUAGCGUCGCUCCGGGGAUUUUCCAGAGCCUAAUGGACGCUCUCCUUAAAGGGAUCCCAGGAGUCCAGCCGUUUUUCGACGACGUUUUAGUCGCCGCCCCGGACCCCGAGGAAUUCGGCAACCGCCUUCGAGAGGUGCUCCGCCGGUUCCAGGCAGCGGGGCUCAAGGUCAAGAGAGAGAAAUGCUUGCUGGGGGUUCCACGGGUAGAGUUUCUGGGGUUCGCCGUUGACGCAGCAGGAAUCCACCCCACGGAAGAAAAGACCCGAGCCAUCGUGCAAGCCCCGGCUCCCACUUGUAAAGCCGCGGCGUUUCAGGCGGUCAAGGACGUCCUGGUGUCCAAUGCGGUGCUCCACCAUUUUGACGAGGCCCUCCCCGUCAUCCUGGCCUGCGAUGCGUCGCCGUAUGGGGUGGGAGCAGUCCUGGGGCACCAGCUUCCGGACGGGAGGGAGGUACCGGUCGCAUAUUACUCCCGCACGCUCACUUCAGCCGAGCGCAACUACGCGCAGAUAGAUAAAGAGGCCCUGGCAAUCGUGGCAGGGGUCCGAAAGUUCCACGAGUAUCUAUAUGGGAGAAGGUUCACCAUUGCCACGGACCACAAGCCCCUCUUAGGUCUACUGGCCCCAGACCGACAAACCCCCCAAAUACUCUCACAGCGCGUGUUGAGGUGGAACCAAUUCCUCAACUCAUACACGUACACACUGGUUCAUAGGGCCGGCAAGGCUAUGGGACACGCGGAUGCGAGGGGGUGGCCAGAGGGAAACAUGGGGGAAGAAUUCAAGCCUUACAAGGCGAGGAGGGAGGAAUUAGCCGCACACAAGGGCUGCAUACUUUGGGGCAGUAGGGUAGUGAUUCCACCUCCGCUCCAAAAGCGUGUUCUAGAAUCCCUACACGAGACUCAUCCCGGCAUAGUGCGAAUGAAGGCUCUGGCCAGGAGCUACGUCUGGUGGCCGGGAAUGGACGGGGAGAUCGAGGGCUGGGUCCGCGGGUGCCAGACCUGCCAGGAAUCCCGGCCCGAGCCGCCCAGCGCCCCCGUCACUAGGUGGGAGUCCACCCGGAAACCAUGGUCGAGACUCCAUAUCGACUUUGCGGGCCCAUUCCAGGGGCAGACCUUCAUCAUAAUAGUGGACUCCUACACCAAAUGGCUGGAGGUCAUCCCCGUAGGGUCCACCUCGUCCACAGCCGCGAUCAGAGCUCUGCGCAGGGUCCUAUGCACACAUGGCAUCCCGGACACCAUAGUCUCUGAUAACGGGGCCGCCUUCACCUCAGCCGACUUCCAGGCGUUCCUGCAAAGAUACCUGAUCAGGCACAUAAGGUCGGCUCCCUUCCAUCCGGCCACCAACGGCCAGGCGGAG